AUGUCAGAGAAAUUGAUUGAAAUUAAAAAUGAGUCUAGCUCGAGCAUUAAUAAAGAAUCAUCUAAAAUAUCAGUCAUUUCAACUGAAUAUACCUCUUCUUCUUCUUCAAUUGAUAUUAAUAACGAGGAUACAGAUGUUGCAUUGAAGUUUUUAAAAGAAAAUAAGGGUUUAAGUGAUGUAGAAGCUGGCAAUUUGAAAAUUUUUACAGAUAUAUCAGAGACAGCUAUUUUGCAUGGUACACAUCAAUUAGAUCCUAAAAUUUUAAGAAAAGUAGAUUUUGUUAUAUUACCCUUUCUAUGUGUCACUUACUUAUUUAUGUUUCUAGAUAAAGCAUUAUUAAAUUAUGCUGCUGCUAUGGGUAUUAAUGAUUAUUUGAAAGAUAAUGAAUUUUCUAAUUUAGGGACCAUCUUUUCUGCUGCAUAUAUUUUUAUGGAGCCGAUAGUAACUUUUUUGAUUCAGAGGUUUCCCUUAUCGAAAGUCUUGGGUACAUUUAUUUGUCUAUGGGGAGCUGUUUUAGCAUGCCAUUCUGCUUGUAAAACAUAUGCUUCAUUAAUGAUAGUCCGGACCCUCUUAGGUAUAUUCGAAUCUUCGAGUGCUGUUGGUUGUAUUGCAAUUAGUGGUAUGUAUUACACUAAAUCGGAACAAAGUGCAAGAAUUGGCUACUGGGCUAUUCAAGCUGGUACUGGUUAUGUAGUUGGUGGUUUAAUAUCUUUCGGUUUCUUACAUUACCAUGGAACCACAUUUUUAUCAUGGCAAAUAAUGUUUUUAAUUGUUGGUUUAGCUACCGUUGUAUUUGGCAUUAUAGUUUGUGUUUUCUUACCUGACAAUGUUACUAAGGCAUAUUUCUUAACUGCAGAGGAGAAAAUUCAAGUAUUAGAGCAUAUUAGAAAUAAUCAAACCGGUUUAGAAAACAAAAAGUUUAAAAAGGAGCAGGUUAAAGAAUUAUUUUUAAAGGAUAAACUAACAUGGCCAAUGUUAAUAAUGACAGUCUGCUCUCAAAUUAGUACAGGUGCUAUUGGUAAUUUUUCAACUACAAUUACUGGAACCUUUGGAUUUGAUUCUUACGAAUCUGCCCUGUUACAGUUGCCUAUUGGUGCUAUUACCGCUUUAAUUAUUUUUAUUACAACACAGAUGUUAACCAGAUGGGGGAAAAUUACUUUAAUAUCUAUUUCAAUGGAAGUUGUCUCAAUUAUUGGAUGUAUUGUGAUGCUAACUAUGUCUUUGGAUCACAAGAUUGCUAACCUAUUUUCGUUGUAUUUGUUAUAUAGUGGUUCGUGUGUAAUCACAAAUAUUUAUAUUUGGAAUACCUGGAAUACUUCUGGUUAUUGUAAGAGAAUUUUCCGUAACGCCAGCACUAUGGUGAUGUGUGCCUUAGCAAAUAUUAUAGGCCCACAAAUGUUUAGAGCCAGUACUGCUCCAAGAUAUAUUCCAGCUAAAAUAGCCCUAUUAGUUACUCAAAGUGUUUGCAUUCCUCUUCAGUUCUAUAUCGGUUGGGUGUGUAAGAAGGAAAAUGAAAAGAGAGAUAAUGAAAUGAAAGAGAGUAUUAAAGUAGAAGACAAGGGUAAGGUUGUUCAAACAUAUGAAUUCUUAGAUUUAACUGAUAUUCAAAAUAGAAACUUUAGAUACAUAUACUAG